UCCGAGUCUAUCGUGAGUGCAUGUUGCAUUCGCAAGCGGCUUUCUUAUCUCGCAUAAAUAUUAGCGAGGGGACGAGUUAGGUUGUACGGAGGUUCGCAGUGCACACUUCGAAGCAGCCGUGUGCGUGUCUGUUGUACGUACUUCGUGGUGAUAGCGAGAGCUGAGGAGGAGUCGUGGAGGCUGAAGACGAUAGAGAUGGCGCGUUUGGCGUUGUUCGCGGCCGCGCUUUUGGUGAUGGUUGCACUUCCUACGCGUGCACAGCCGACAGAGGUGACCAUCAGCUAUGUGACCUACCAGGGUUCUGGCUGCAAUUACGAGAACACGAACUGGGUCCUGUCGAACGACUACAAGACAGUGACUUUCAUGUUCGGCGGGAUGGUUGCCACUACUGAUGCGGGACUUGCCGGACAGAGGAAGGCUUGCCAGAUGUCGUUCAAUAUGGUCUAUCCGGACGGCUGGAGUGUCUCCUUGGGGAAGGCCACGGGGCGCGGGUUCGCCGACAUCGCGAAGAAGUCCAAGGGCAUCUACGAGUCGCAGUACUACUUCUCCGGGCAAACCGGUACGGCCAGCCUGGCGCGCAUCAUCCCUGGACCGCAGACCGGCAACUUCGAGUUCACGGACGUCUUCCUGACGAGCGUUUGGAGCCAGUGCAACAACGCUCCCAACCUCAACAUCAAGGUGGUGGUGAGAGUGGAGGGCAAGAAGGCGGUCAUGGCGCUCGAUUCCCAGGACACCAAGUUCCAGAUGAUCUUCAACCUCCAGUGGAAGAAGUGCUUCUAAGAACCGCACCAACCGACGUCUACGACGUAAGGGUGGGGACCGAUAGUAUAAUGACCGGAAGAAUGCGAGGUGUGGGCAGUCAUCGUCAAGGAUCAAUCGUCGUCUCCCGCGAUAUCUGCUGGCGGCUCCAUUUCGGUAGUGAUCGGCACACCCGCGUCGGUCGAUCUUCUGUUGAGCGAGGAUGCAUACGGUAGUGAUCGGCAGCACCUUCUGUGUAGCAGUGAGUGUAGGAGAACAGAAUAAGUCGAAGGAGAGGUCGUUAGCCACGUCGGCAGUGGUAGUGGGUAGAGUCAGCAGUUCGUUUUCGAAGCCUCUCGUGUGUGCUCUGCCAGGCUCUACCCAACCUUUGAUUGCACGUACCAGUGGUAAUCCUGCACACUCCGUUAUCGCCGUGAAAUCCACGUGGCCAACGCCUAGAGCUGAGCUGGCUCGACCGGAUCAGACAGUGAUCGCCUCUUCAAAGCUUUGUGUUCCGUUCUUGGUCUCUCUCGUUACGUUUCCUUCUCCCUCUUGAUCUCCUUCUCGACCCACUUGGUUGGUUGCCGAUCGCUUCCAUCGUAUGGUCGACGUAGUGUGCUUCUGCGAGUCAGCUAGGUCUUAGUGAAUCGUAUCGGAGGGUGGCCUGGUAAGUGGGCUUCUUUCUCCGCACGCAGCGUUCCUUAUAUCUUCUGAUAGCAGGCAGGCAGGCACGUAGUGUAGGAAAGGGCAGCGGGGCCGUUCGGUAACGUCUCUCGUAGUUACUUCCUCUCUGGUCUCUUUGGCGUAGAAAGAAAAGAUGGGAACGAAAAUUCGUCUGUAGAAAUAUCUUGGUUGCUUUGGGAAGUUGGCUUGAUGUACUGUGAUCUCUGCCCGGCGCAGAGAUUGGCGAUCACAGUCGUUUGCUGUGAGGUUCUCCAUUCGAGCGGGAAGUUUUGGAGCCUCUCUUUCUCUGAGAUUUCCUGUCGAAGUGUUGCUUUUCAAAACGAUGUCACAUCGAGAUUUCUUGUGAAACUGACUGUGGCGUUGUCAUAUUGCGAUUAGUGGUGCUGAAACUCCUCUUCCCCCUUGUUCCUUCUUUUCCACUCGCCUUUUUGCUUUUAUUGUUCGCUCCUUCUCUGUACUCUGAUAAGAGUCGCGAAGACUGAAAAGAAAAUGAAAAAGAGAAGUGGACAAGACCUCUUUGAUUUUCUUCUUUUGUCUGACCUACCUGGAGCACCAGUUUGUCCUGUUUUCUUUUGUUCUUUGAAGUCAAACGU